AAGUCGUGAAAAUUGUAAAUUGCGGGAAAUGCUGGGACUAACAUGUGCAAUGUUUAUCAGACUAAAUGUAUUAAAAUUUACGUUAGAGCAAUGUAGUGAUUUGAAGAAGUCGCAGGCCGGCUUAGUCUGUAGCUUAGGAUGAACGGGAACCUACAGAGUGUAGUUGCAGCUCAGAUCUACAUUUCCGUAACUAAAAAUUAAGCAGGCAUUGGAAGGCAUCUCGAUCAUGGAUUUAGAAGCAACACUGCAAACGAUUCAGAAAAAAACUGUUUGCAUACUUGAAAUCCUUCAAAACAAAGGUAGUGCAUUAGGAAACAUGAAGGUCAAGGACCUCAUUCUGAAGGCACACGAAGCAUUGGUAUCCGCACAACAGCUUCUAUGCAUCGGAGACAAUGAUUUGGUGAAUAUGACCACAAAAAGCCAGAUCGAUGAUAAUCCUCAUUCGGAUAAAGAUUCAGAUAUAACAGUUGAGUUUGAUGAUCCACUUAAUGAUGAUGCAUUUAGCGACUGGGACUUGGAUGAAAACGAGUUAUCGGUACACGAGGCAUCGAUGUCCGCACAACAACUUGUAUGCAUAGGAGAAAAUGAUUUGGUGAAUAUGACCACAAAAAGCCAGAUCGACGAAAAUCCUCACUCGGAUAAAGAUUCAGAUACAACAGUUGAUUUGGAUGAUACAAAAAGUGAUGCACUUAGUGAUUGCGACUUGAAUGAAAACGAGUCAUCGCCAAGCAUUAUGUCUUGUGCAGAUAACCAAAGAGAAACAGAACCAAGGAGCAGACAAGAUAUCAAAAUAGAAGAGAUUCCAGAACCUGCUUCUGAUGAAGAGUAUUCAGAGUUUAUGAAUCCAGAACCUUGUGCUGAUGAUGAUUCAGAAAAUCAGCUAUUGGAUCCAUCUUACUCUAAAGUUUUGAAGAAGUUCUUCGGAUAUUCCAAAUUUAGGCCCUUGCAGUGGAAAAUCAUCAGUUCGGUCCUGAAUGAAAAGAAAGACAUAUGCGUCAUCAUGGCAACAGGUUACGGAAAAAGUUUGUGCUACCAGUUUCCAGCAGUCUACAGCAAGAGCCUGACAGUAGUUAUCUCCCCUCUCAUAUCGUUGAUGGAGGAUCAGGUGCUUGCUCUGAAGGCAGCAAACAUUGAGGCUUGUCUGCUGGGAUCUGCGCAAGAGAAUCCAGCAAGUGUGAAAGAAGACCUGCUACGCGGUCGGUUUUGUCUGCUGUAUAUAACUCCUGAGUUUACCAGCUCUUCUGUCAACUUCCUGAUAAAACUUCAAAAGACUGUUGGCAUCGGCCUGUUUGCAAUUGACGAAGCUCACUGUGUGUCUCAUUGGGGUCAUGACUUUCGUGCUGCUUAUCGCUGUUUAGGGUGCCUAAAGGAAUCUUUUCCAGAGGUACCUGUCAUGGCUUUGACUGCCACAGCUACUCAGAAAGUACAGCUUGAUAUUUGCCGCAGCUUGAAACUCAGGUCUCCCAAAAUCGUGUGCACAGGCUUUGACAGACCCAAUUUGUUCUUAUCCGUGUCAAGCAAAUCUUACCCUUCAAAUGACUUGAAGGUUCAUUUGGAGAAGAAUGGAAAUGACUUCCAGUUCAGUGGCCCAACGAUCAUCUAUUGCCCUACCAAAAAAGUUACAAUGGACAUUGCGGCCACACUCAGAGGAAUGGGUGUUGCAUGUUUGCCGUAUCAUGCAGGUUUGUCUUUGACUUCAAGGAAACAAGCACACAAAAGCUUCAUCAAUGAUCACAUUCAGGUGGUAGUGGCAACUGUUGCCUUUGGGAUGGGCAUUGACAAACCAGAUGUUAGAAAAGUCAUCCAUUAUGGAGCACCAAAGGACAUUGAAUCCUACUAUCAGGAGGUGGGGCGUGCUGGAAGGGAUGGCCUGCCAAGCAGUUGUCAUGUCUUCUAUUCCAGUUCAGAUUUUAAUAUUAGCAGGCAGUUUAUUAGUCAGAUCACAAACCCUGGAUUUCGAGAGCACAAACAGCAGAUGCUGAACAAGAUGCAGCAGUAUCUUUCCUCUGCAUCAUGCCGACGCAGACUACUACUUGCCCAUUUUGAAGGAAAUUCUUCCUUGGAAGUUGGAGGAACACAAAACUGUUGUGAUAACUGUAGAAAGAGGCUAGAGUGUAGCAAAUACCAACAAUAUUUAAGCGAAGAAAGCCCUCAGACAGCAGAUACUCUUGUUCCAGCAGAUCAGCCUUUAGACAUGGGCAAAGAAGCAUUGGAUCUUUUCACAGCAAUUAAGGUCACAGGGAACAGGUAUGGAUUGACUGUUCCAGUUCAGUUCUUUGUGGGUCUUCAUCACAAAAACUCCAGAAGUGCAAAGAUGCCAUGCGCCACAAGCUAUAUGGUUCUGGAAAGUAUGAUACACAGAGGUCAAACAUUUUGGAAAACUUUAGGCAAGUGUCUGGUGUUUGAAGGCUACCUUGUUGAGAGUGCAGUUCGAGGGGGAUUUGGAGCAACUACAGAACUGGGUAGAAAAGCUGUUGAGUGGAUGAAACAGGCCUCAUCAAACAAUGAUGUUCCAUCUCUAAUGAUCAUGCCUGAUCAAAAUCUGCUGUCAGAGCUCCGAGCUGCAGCUGUUAAGAAAAUUGUCAUUAACAGCAGGAAACAAGGAGCAACUACCCUAGCAAUACCUGGACACAGUAUAGAAUCUGGCCAUGCUUCCACAAGCCUAGCUUCAGAUUUGGCCUUGAAAACCAUUAGUGGGGGUGAUGUCUAUAAACCGCAGGUUCCUGAGAUUGAUCCACGAGUGGCAAAAUUAGAAACUGAGCUUUACACAAAGCUGAUCAAGCAACGCAACGAAAUCGCAGAAGAGAUGGGCUUCACCCCACAUAGCAUAGCCAGCAACAAAGUGUUGCUUGACAUGGCACGUAUGAGGCCAAGCAGUUUUGAACAGCUCCAAAAAAUUGAAGAUCUUCCUGCUGCUAAAGCUGAACACUUUGGAAAGCCAUUUCUGCAGACUAUUUCAGUCUUUUGCGUUCAGCAUAAUCUGUCAGUUGAUCAGUUUCCAUCAUACACCCUAAAACAGGAUAGUUUAGACCUCGAGACUGAGCUGAGGCAGCUUUCGGAAACUCAACGCAUAUCCUAUGUGAUGUUUGUUAAGGAGAACAAGUCCUUGGAGGAAGUGGCUUCAUUAAGGGGAUUGCAGACCUCUACAGUUAUUAAUCAUCUGUGUGAAGCUGUGCGUCUGGGCCUUUCCAUAGACAUCAGAGGCUUGGGGGUUACUCCAGCCUUUGAAGCGCUUAUCACAGAUACAAUCCUUUCUCCUCCUGUUAAUUCAGAUAUUGGGAGCCUCACGCGUAUCAAAGAUCAGCUGCCAGCUUACAUUGGGUUCAAUCACAUCAAAGUUGUUAUUGCUACUCUGGUGUCAAGAUUUGGCUUAACCACCAGCCGAUUAGGGAGUCAGGUGUUAAAUGUUGAUGCUAGUUCCCUCAAGGCAGACAAGCCUGUGCUGGCAAACCCGGAAUGCAUGCUAUCCACAUUGAGUUAUGACAGCAAAAGACCGUCAGUAAAACUGGAGAGCUCUGUCGAACACUCAGCAACUGUUACUUCAUCUGCUUCAUCCAGAAUUACUGAAUCUGCACCCUCUAGUCAGUUCUUAGGGUCAUUUGGCUCUUCAAGCAGCAUUACUGAAUCUUAUUCACAAGCAGAUAUCAGGAGCCCAAAGAGAAGUCUGCCAGAAUGGAUGUCAUCAUCCAAACAUUCACUCUCAAAGAAAAAGAAAUCAAACAGUUUGUUCAAGUAGCUUUUCAUUUCUGAGGGUUUUGUGUGAUUCAGAGGCAACCAGGAAACAUGAUGGGAUCUUGACCACAGACUGCACAGAAGAAUUGUUAAAUUAUUCAUUGUCUUCUUGUAAGAGAAAGAACAGGAGGAGGGAGAUAUUAGAUAGUAUUACACACACAUGCAUGAGUGUGUAUACCCACAUGGUGCUCAUACAGUUAAUUUGUGGAGAGUGACAGUAGCUAGGCACUCAGGAGAUAUUAGAGAAUAUUACACACAUGCAUGCUAAUUUGUGGAGAGUGACAGUAACUAACCACUCAGCUUAUUUCACAAUUUAAAUCUUGGCUUACACUCAGUGAAAUUAUUUUUUCUUCUCUCUCUUCUGUGCAGUCUGUGGUCCAGUAUUUUUUUUUUUUGUUUUUUUUUUUUUGCCAUAAUCAUCUGUAUGCUUUAUGUGAUGUUUCUAGAAAUUUAUAUUUCUUUAAAAUACUUUGCUCAUAUGUAGCAGACACUGAAUCUGCAAAUUAUCAUUGUAGCAGACAAUGAAGCUGCAGCUUAUUAGAAAAUUUAAUUGUAAACUAAUUAUGCUGUACCCUACUUUUUUACACUUUUACAUCUUUCAUUCCUGUUAUCUACUUUUCAGAGUUUUCACUUUUGUGAUUGUGGCCAAUUAUUAAAUUGCAUUUAACAAGU